AACCUUUCUCACUUCCAUUCCAUUACACGUUUUCGAUUUUUCAAGAUUCAACCCAACAUUUCUCAUCAUAUUUUCAAGAAAACACCUUUCGUCUUCUUCUUCAAUGGCCAUGAAAAGAGUUAGACAGGAUGCAGAGUUUGAUAGCUUAGACAUGGCCAAAUGUCUAAUGCUUCUUUCUCAUAACCUAGUAGAAAACAGCAAACCCACGAAUAGCUUCAUCAGGACUAGUAGCAAUGACAACAUGUUUGAAUGCAAAACCUGUAACAAAAAAUUCUCAUCGUUCCAAGCUCUAGGCGGCCAUAGAGCAAGCCAUAAGAGGCCGAGAUUAUUCAUGGGUCCAGCAGCAGAUAGCAAAUCUGCCUCUAGUGAUGAUCAAGCAGUUCAUAGUUCAGGAACAAAGAAGCCAAAGAUGCAUGAGUGCUCAAUUUGUGGUGUCGAGUUUGCUUUAGGGCAAGCUUUGGGGGGUCAUAUGAGAAGGCACAGAGCUGCUGCCAUGGCUCAAACCUUUGCUUCUUCUGCUAAGGUUAAGAACACAGGCUGCGUCGUUCAGAAAUUGCCUGUUCUAAGGAGAUCGAAUAGUAGCAAGAGGGUUUUUGGACUUGACUUGAAUCUAACUCCGUUGGAGAAUGAUCUCGAGUAUUUGUUUGGGAAGAUGGCUCCCAAAGUUGAUCUUUUCGUUUGAUCUUUUGACCUUUUUCUUGUUUUUUUAUUUUUUUUUUAUGUAGAAAUUUGUUCAUUUAUUUAUGUACACUCAUUAAAUUCAUUACUUAGUUACAGGUCCAUUCAUCAUUAAUUUAAUUGAUGUAACUUCAUUGAUUAUUUUUGUAAUUAAUUAGCUGAAAUAUUUUUGGCUGAACAUUUUCAUUUGAAA